AACACCUAAAGAAUUGGUUCACCAAGAAGCUAUUCAUGAAGGAAAUCAAGAUCACUCUUCUGCCUCACAAGAGCUGAGUUUGGUCACGAUAAACACGAAAGGACAAGACAAGAUAGAAGAGACACCGAUGAUUCAAACACAGCAUACACACACAACAACUACUAAUACACCUGAAGAACAAAGAAGAGGAGAAGGAGAGCAAAUACCUAAAGUACAAACUACAAAAGAACAAUCACCCGAGUAGAAAAUACCCAAACACCUGGUCUUGAGUCGUCAAGUCUACCAACAUCAAGCACAGAUACUUCGAGUAUAGAAGCCUUAUCAAAUCUUCAAAAUUCAAAUGUAGAAGAAUUAUCAAAAGAGAUAAGUAUGAACUCUUCUUCAACAGUAGAUAAACAACACGAAAAGCCAAUAUUUUCUUGUAUUUUCAAUCAUAAUAUUGUCUUGGAUUCAGAAAAGAUAGUAAGCCAACCUCGUGCAGAUAUGCAAGAGGUUUGUGUAUUAUCGUCUGAACAGCAAACUGAUAAACAAAGAUCUAUUGAUUGUGAAGCAACCCUAUCACCUUUUAGCAUAGCAAAUAGUCUUUUCCCUAAGCCAACAGCAGAAUUAAAUAAGAAUCUCAAAAAUGUAGAAGAUUUGAUUCAAAAAACCAAUAAACGAAAAAAGUAUGAAUUAGACUGUUUUACAGAAAAUGCCCUGUUAUCAAAAGAUAUAGGUGAUAAAGAGAAUAGAUCACUAAAAGAAUCAAAGAGUAGUGUAAAGAGGAGAAAACAGCAAGCAGAGAUGAAGAGAUAUGACUGUAAGACUAAGAUGUAUGAAGCAAAGACAAGAAGAUAUGAAGUUAAAAUUAGACGAUAUGAAGCUGAAACGAGAAGAUAUGAAAUGGAAACAAAGAAAUAUGAAUUUAAGACCUUGAAAAUGUUAGCUAAACUUCACAAAAAAUAUAAAGAGUUAAACAUUUCAGCUGAAUCAUCAUCUUCUUCAAUCUCAUUACCAUCAUUUGAAAAUCCCGAGAACUCUUUACUCAAUCCAGAAACUCACCAUUUUACUACUUUUUAAAAAAGAAAGAAAAAAAGAUUCAUUACUACAUUAUGUAUUCAGAAUAUCUACUUUAUCGAACAAAUUCAUUAUUAUAUAUUUUUUUCAUAUUAUUGUAUAUAAACAUAAAUCGUAACUAAACGAAUAUACAUCAUUUUUACUAUCCCUUAAAGUCUAGCAGCUUCUUGGUGAUGGGAUAUAACAACAUGCCGUUUUAAAUAAUCAUUAAGAAACAUACCCUCAGGAUCUAAUUUUUGACGAAUUUGUAAAAAAUCUUGAAACUUUGGAUAAGAUGUCUCCAGACUUUCUCUUGUUUGUCCAUGAGCCUAAUAUAC